UCGCCCCCGUGCUGACGUGCGCACUCCGGCGUGUGGAUAGUCGCAGCCGAGCUCUUGAGGGGGUUGGGGCGUAAUCCUCGGGCACGAAGACCGUUCCCUAGCCUUGUGCUCUCGGGGCUGCUCAGGGUGUGGAGACCUGGCCCUCUGAGGAACAGUGAGCAGAAUGAGUAUUUCACAGGACCAGAAUGGCUCCAAUAAGAGAGAACCCCUUUUGAGGUGUUGUGAUGCACAGAGGGACUUGGAGCUUGCUAUUGGUGGAGUUCUCCGGGCUGAACAGCAAAUUAAAGAUAACUUGAGAGAGAUCAAAGCUCAGAUUCACAGCUGCAUAAGCCGUCACUUGGAAUGCCUUCGAAGCCGUGAGGUAUGGUUGUAUGAACAGGUAGAUCUCAUCUAUCAGCUUAAAGAGGAGACACUUCAGCAGCAGGCCCAACAGCUCUACUGGUUACUGGGCCAGUUCAAUUGUCUUAUUCGUCAACUGGAAUGCACCCAAAACAAAGAUCUAGCCAAUCAAGUCUCUUUGUGCCUGGAGAGACUGGGAAGUUUGACUCUCAAACCUGAAGAUUCGACUGUUCUACUUUUCGAAGCAGACACAACUGCUCUGCGCCAGGCCAUCACAACUUUUGGGUCCCUCAAGACCAUCCAAAUUCCUGAGCAUUUGAUGGCUCACGCUAGUUCGUCAACUGUUGGACCCUUCAUGGAGAAAAGAGGCUAUAUGCCAUUGCCAGAGCAGAAGUCAGCAUCUGGCACCACAGCUGUCCCUCUCAGUGAAUGGCUCCUUGGAAGCAAACCUGCCAGUGGUCAUCAGACUUCUUACGCACCCAGCACCAAUCUGCAGGACUGGCUCACUCAAAAGCAUACCUUGGAGAAUAAUCAGAGUACUGAGUGUACUUGCUUCACAGAAACUUCUCUAAAUGGCAGCUAUGGGUUGCCAUUUGUCAUUGGUCCCCCCCAAUCUGACAAAAAGACUUCUGCCAGAGCCUGCAAUUUCUUCAGUAAUGUCUGGGGCAACCUAAAGGGCUUGGAAAACUGGCUCCACAAGAGUCGGCAUCAAGAAGUUCCCGAAAGACCAAGUUACCAAAAGGGUAGCAGUGAUUCUACCACCAGUUCUUAUUCUAUUGAUACUGAAAAGGUUGAGAAUCUGGAGCUGCUUGAUCAAGAUGAGGUGGAUCUUUCUGAUUGGUUGGUGACUCCCCAGGAAUCCCAAAAGCUGGAGAAGCCUGGGAAUAGCAGCUGUGCAACCAGUGAGAGGUUUAAGCUCUUGUUCCAGGUGUUCCAAGAGUCUUACAGUGUGAAUGAUUGGCUUGUCAAGCCUGAUUCCUGUACCAAUUGUCAGGGCAACCAGCACAGAGGUGUGGAGAUCGAAAACCUGGGCAAUCUGAAGUGCUUGAAUGACUACAUGGAGGCCAAGAAACCCUUGCCUACUCCCAGCAUGGUUAUUGAGGAUUGGCUUGUCCAGAACCAUCAAGACCCAUAUAAAAUAGAGGAGGUCUGCAAAGCCAAUGAGCCCUGUACAAGCUUUGCAGAGUGUGUGUGUGAUGAAAAUUGUGAGAGGGAAGCUCUUUGUAAAUGGCUGCUGGAGAAAGAAGGAAAGGAUAAAAAUGGUAUGCCACUGGAACCAAAAUCUGAAUCUGAGAAAUGUAUAGAUUCCCUAAGUAUGUGGCUUUGUCCUUCCAGAAAAGAGGCAACAGAACAAGCUAAGAUACCAAAAGCAGUGGCUCCUUCUAGAAUUGCUGAUUCCCUCAAAGUGAUAAGGAAUAGUCCCUUGUCAGAAUGGCUUAUCACACCUGCAUGCAAAGGACACCCCAAGGAAGUGCCUAUCACUGAGGACCAAGCCGGCAAACAAAAGCUUACCAGCCCUGUGGCCCCUCCCUGGUGUCCCUUUAACACAGCUGACUGGGUCUUGCCAACAAAGAAGACAGGAAACCUCAGUCAGUUAUCCUCAGGAGAAGAUAAGUGGCUGCUUCGAAAAAAGGCCAAGGAAGUAUUGCUUAAUUCACCCCAACAGGAGGAACAUAACUUUCCCCCAGACUGUUAUGGCUUCCCAGCAGUUUGUGAUCUCUUUGCCUGUAUGCAACUUAAAGUUGAUAAAGAAAAGUGGUUGUAUCGUACUCCUCUUCAGAUGUGAAGGAACGGAGUAUUAGAGUCAAGCAACUCUUCUGCAAAUUCUCACACUUCAUAAGCCGAGUGACUGCAGCUUGCCAAAUCAUUGUUUCUGGGUGUGACCAGUCAGCUUAGUUCCUUUAUCUAAUUUUCAACUAAUGAAGAAAAAUAAGUCAUCAAAUUAUUAGUUACUGUGGAAAAAAACCCCGCUAUUUUUUGAUGGCUGAGGUGAUUCAGUUCCUUCUUGUAAAGAAUUAAUUCACUCUUACAGUAGAAAUGCAGCAUUAUGGUGGGUAUUUCUUUCAUAAGGCUUCAUGGCUCCUUACAUUGGGUUGUUACUAGUACAUUAAAAACACUGUAGUUUCUUAAAAAAAUAGUUUUCUUAUCAAGGUGUUGCUCAAAGAAGCUAGUGAAUUUAUUUAACCUUUUUAUUACCCUUUUUAAUGCUUCCUUUGCUGUGGGUUUUCUUCCAUUAGUGAUGGAAAUAAUUUCUUAUAAUUAAUAUAUAGUGUAUUUCAUAUAAAGAAUUACCGAGAGAAUACAGUGAUUUUUUUUUUUAAACCAAAGCAUGUAUCAGCAUCUUGGCAAUUUUCAACAUAAAUUACAAAACAUUUAGCCCACACAUCAGAUUCUACAGUAUUUUCUUUUGGAAGAAAUUUAGUUACUGCAAAUUUUGUCUUUAUUUCCUUCUCUAAGUGUUGUAUCUAGUGAGCUCUUUUAGAAGGGCUCUGAAUUGCUUCAAGACAACAUCCUGGGUAAUCCUAAUGUCUUUGGAAAUAUUCUGAAGAAAUGCAGGGAAGAGUCCCCAUGCCCACUGAUCAAAAAGCAAAAGAUAGGACAGGUUGGAAAUGUAGCACUUGAACUAUUAAUGGUUAUUGGUACAGUAUCCUGUGUAUAAUGGAAGUUGAGCUAGACACUUACCUGGUGCUUUUAACUAGGGUUAAAUUAAAUGCCCUUUUACUGCAAGUACAGUCUACCUUUACCUCUGAAAAUGCAGAGACAUUUAGAGAACAGGCUAUUUUGAACGCUUGUGCCUUGGGGUGUUCACUGAAGCUUUAUGAAAGCUGAUAUUUUCUCAAGAUCCUUAAAGUAAUGUUCAUACUUUAAAAAAAGUUUCUCUGCAGGGGAGAAAUGGUAUUUAUGUUUUUUUAAGCUUUCUAAUAUAACUUCUUUCCACCAGGCCUUUAAAUUUAUUAAGCCACUCAGCUUGCCUAGGUAUGUGGUAUUGGAAAUACUUUUAGUUUGUGAUGUUGUCAUCCAGAAAGCCCUUUUGGAGAAAUUUCACAGAGUAUCAAUUGCCAUACAGCUUUACUGGAAUUCUUGAACCACAGCUGAAAAAAGCUGUUUAUUUUUAGUUCCCCCUCCCCCAACCUAAUUUAGAAUUUUAAUAAAGGUAGUGGGUAAAAACUUAGGGAUCCUUUUCAUUAUUUUAGGUUGCAGGACACUUUGUAGUUUUUGAGGUUUAACAGUGUGUAUUCCUAAGUUUACAUUAAUCACUAUGCUAAUGAGUAUGUAAGUCUUUUGCAUUAUGCAUUUUGUACCUCCCCAUUAAAAGCAUUAACAAACA